AUGGACUUUUUUCCUGGAUUUCCACAUACUCAAAGAAGUCAUGAUGCAAUUUGGAUUAUAGUUGAUAGGCUAACCAAGAGUGCUCAUUCUUGGCCUUCAGAGUGGACUACCCACUUGAACGAUAGCAGAAUUGUUUCUCCAUGGAAGAAGCUUAUGAGAUUUGGCCAAAACGAAAAACUUAGUCCUCGAUUUAUUGGACCAUAUGAAGUGCUUGAGAGAGUUGGUCCAGUUGCAUAUAAACUAGCACUUCCACCUGAGUUAGAAAAGAUCCAUAAUGUCUUCCAUGUUUCUAUGCUUAGAAGAUAUCGCUCAGAUCCAUCUCAUGUUCUUCUUGUUGAAUCCAUUGAGGUCAGUCCUGACUUGACAUAUGAAGAGGAACCUAUCCAAAUCUUAGCGCAUAAGAUAAAAGAGCUUAGAAACAAGAAAAUUCCAUUAGUAAAAGUCCUUUGGAGGAAUCAUUCUGGCAAAGAAGCUACCCGGGAGCGAGAAGAGGAUAUGCGAAUUCAAUAUCCACAUUUGUUUCGAGACUAG